AUGGAAUUGUUACCAGAAGGACAAAGAAAUACCGCAACAGAAGUUAAAUGGGAAGAUCAACAAAAAAUAAACAAAUUUAGUACAAUCAUAUCUAAAAAAGAUGAGUUACUAAUACAUUUAGAUCAAUUAAAUCAAGAAAAAGAAUAUCUGGAUGAUUUGAGUUUAGAAAUUGAAUUACUUGAUGAAGAUGAUACUAUACAAUAUAAAUUAGGUGAUUCUUUUGUGUUUAUGAAAGUGUCAAAGGCUAUAUCUAAACUUGAAAGCGAUCAAGAAAAGAUGAAUAAUAAAAUAGAUGCAAGUAAUGAAUUAAUUGUAAAAUACGAUGAAGAAUUAAAUGAAUUGAAAAGUCACUUAUAUGCUAAAUUUGGAAAUAAUAUAAAUUUAGAAAGGUAA